AUGUUUCUUCUGCCAUUAUUGACUGCUCUGGCCUUUUUAAAUGUUCGACCCUGCAGUUGCCGUAAGUUAUAAAAUUCCUUAUUAGGUUUACCUGUUUUUAGAGGAUCGCCUUUUAGCUGUCCAAGAAAAUACCACCAUCGACUAUCUUUUCGCAGUGGACGCCUCCUUUGUGGUACGUGAGUGAAUGACUGAUAAGUAUUUUCAAACCCCUGAAAAGAAAUGCAUUUAUUUGUUUUCGCUCAAAUAGUUUGAAUCUUCAAAGUCAGGAUUUGUGCAGGGAACACCACAACGUCCAUGUCAACCUCCAACCAGCUGUGUAGAAUUUUAUCCAGGUGAAUCAUUCAGCCCGUAAAAAUGCUCUUCUUCAUUUCUGCAUAUUUAAAUAUCGACGGCAAAAUGCUGUCUGCAAGAGGUACUAUCUGAAUUACAGUUGGCGGGAUCUAUCUUCAUAUGUAAUUAGAGAUAGAGUGAAGGCCAAAGUAGAUCGCAAUCAGACCACUGCAGCAAAUUAGGAGGGAGCUUUCUGACCAGAGAAAAGGUUACCCAGCGUAGUUAUGUGGAAUACGUUUUAAAAGCCUCAAACAAACGACUUAACUAGACCAGAUGAAGUUUUUUUGAGACCCAAUGCCCAAGUCAUCAGAGUGAGUUUUUUUUAUUAAAGAAAAGAGGAGUUUUAUGAUCCAAGGUGGCAACCACGCAAACUACUCUGCGGUAAUCGUCACACCCGAAUCAUCUGACAAAGCCCAAAUCGCCAUCGUCGUUGUAAAUGAGGGAGAAUUCUUUCCACGUACGUUUUACAUCACAUUUCAUCUGCAAAGACGCUGACAUAAUGAAUUAGUCUUUAAAAAUAAGCUUCAGAAAAUUGUAUGUUAGUAUUUUUAAUGAAAAUUUAAAAAAUUUCUUCACGUUCAAAUUCGCAGGUCUUGGUGGCGUUCAGUUCAUAAAACCCGUUAUCUACAGACCGUUCCAUGACAAUUCGUUUGCCGUGAUCUUGGACGAAGAUAUAAAGGUAAUGGAAGAACAAAUAAAUUUCGCGUUCGUCUAACUGGCCUUAAAAUAUGCGUUCUAACUUAGCCGACAUAUGUGUGGAAUUUUCACUGCCGCACAGAAUUACAAUUUGGCAAUGCUGGUUGUUUUUAGGAGUUCAGGAUCUUGGGAAACAUUAGCAAAUAUGGGCCGGUUUCAACUGGCACAGAAAUGGAAAUUGUUAUUCCAUAUGGUAAGUUAAUUUCCUCUGUAAAGUCCCUUGGAAAUGACAAAAAAUAUUUACCUACAGUUUUCAUUUUAAGAACGAGUCGGCGGUGAACAAUACAAAAUCAUGCGGGUGACAGGACGUAUGAAGACGACGUAUAUCUCAUUCACCUUGACGGACAAUGCUGGAAAGACAGCUACUUACAGUUUUACACCGAGCAAUUCUGCACCAAUCUUGAUGCUCCCGACACGUUUGCUUCAGUGGCCGAAGAUAUCGAAAACAUCAGGCGCAUUGUACAACGCAAGAUGGAGUGCCUUACUCAUAGGCCUAACUGCCUGGAAUGCGUUUUGAUCAGCAAGCCAAACAUGGGCCAUUGGAGAACACAGAUGAACCUCUUCAUCUUUUAUCAUUAAAAUUUGUAUUUGGAUCGUGUUCGUUCUUUCAGCCUUUACAGAGUUUGUUGAAUAGUUUUCUAGGAUAUUUCGUGUCAUUUUGUUAGCGGAAACUUGAAACAACAUCAUAAUGUAAAAAAGUGGGGCGUCUAAAGAGGUGGGAGAACUCACAGCGCCUCAAUAAUCGCGACUCAGUUCCACCUUUGAGGAAAACGGGUGAGAUACCAGUUCAAGAGAAGACGAAAACACGAUCACUAGGACGGUGGCUUUAUUGGUUAUAGCUAUCGAACUCGAACAGAAGUUCAUCAUCAAAGACUGUUAGAGUGCAGCAACGUGUAAACAUUUAUACUGUUGUGCCGUGAGGGGGGGAGAUUAUGUCCGUGGCUAGGUCUGGUCUGUGCUGCAUGGCCCACAAUUAUCCCCCCCCCCCAACAUAUUGACGGCGUUUGGCCUUCACGGCGAUAUGGGCCGCGCCACCUGACUGCGUGGGCGGAGCGCGUGAUAACACGCAGGCAAAUCAAUGUGGCUAUUGAUAGAGCUGGUGUCCGACACCCACACCUCCAACGGUUCUCGCCCCGUCUUGUUGCCCGCUCGCACCAAUAUCCGCGUGUUGGCGAAGUCGAACCCAUGGUCUUCCUCCAGCGUGUGAGUGGUGACUUGAGAUAGUGGGUCACCUUUCCGAACAGUUCGUUCGUUCGUGAGCUGAGACGUCGCCCUGUUUGGCCUGUUUGCCUCAGCUCGCUCGGGAUUCAAUCAACGGUUCGCCACAAACCGAACUUCCCUACACACAAAAAUGUUUCCUGAUUAAUUUCCCUCGCCAGAUAUAAACUGAAAAAUCAACGAUAGAUUACACAAACGAUAAAUGAGUCUAACGUGGAACAAAAAGAUUUUCUGCUUGGUUGGCUUUAAAAUGUACGUUUUAAAUUAGCCAAAAUACAAUUUGGAUUUUCUGUGUCGUGCGAAAUUUUUCCAUAAGCGUUUUUGGAUGUUUUUAGGAUUUCAGGCUCUUGGGAAACAUUAGCAAAUAUGGGUCGGAUUCAACUGAUACAGGCAUGGAAAUAGUUAUUCCAAAUGGUAAGUUACUUUUCACUUAAAGUGGACCAAGAAGCGCCAACAAUAUUUACCUCCCGUUUACAUUUUUAGAACGAGUCAAAGGUAUACAGUAUAAAAUCAUGCGAGUGACAGGGCGUGUGACGAAGGAGUAUCUAUCAUUCACCCUGACGGACAAUGCUGGAAAUUCAGCUACUCACGAUUUUGCACCAAUCGACGGUGCACCUACUUUAAUGCUUCCAACACGUCUACUUCAGUGGCCGAAGGUAUCUACAACAUCAGGCGCAUUGCACAACGCAAAAUGCAGUGCCUUUCUCAUAGGCCUUACUGUCUUGUAUGCGUUUUGAUCGGCAAUUAAGAACAUCAGUCCGUUAGGAAAGCAGUUGAACACUUUUCAUCUCAUCCGUAUUUAAAUAAAGUUCGUCAUUUCAAUCUUCGCAGAGUUUGUCGAAUAGGGUUUAAGGUUAUUUCAUCAUCGGUUUAUUAGAGGAAACUUGCUACAGCGUCAAAAUGUGAAAGGAAUACUAGAUGAAAUGUGCGGAGUAUAAAGAAGUGAGGGAACUCACAGCGCCAAAUAAUGGAGUCUCAGUUCUUGAAGAAGUCUCAGUUCUACCUGCGAGGAGAAGGGAGAAAGACACCAGUAGAUGUUGUGUAUUCUGCACGGAAGCUCAGCCAUUACGCGCGGCCUGUUUCGUGCUUGCGUGCGCGUCUGUUCGUUAGGAUGGUGUGUGGGCGUGAGUUAAAAAGCGUCACGUGACAAAUAGUCAGUUGAAUGGAGUUUGUGGGUGCCUGUAAUUGACCAUCCUUCGGGGCUGAAUGCUCGCAUGUUUUGGCAUUCCGGCGCCAUUAUCACGUGAUUCCUAGGGUGAAGACUUACUGCGAAAUAAGUAGUCUCCCUAGACUAACAAACAACACGUGCGACCAUGCGAACAGAAUACCUUCAGACGUGACUGGGUAUAAAGGGCAGGGAGCUUGUGAGUGACGCCCCCUUUACGAAACCUUAAGCACAGAUUCCUGCUGCAAAAACACUUAAAUGUCUUCCUGUCAGAUGAUUGAGCCUCGAAGUACAGCAGUCUGGCGGAUAAGUCAGCCGCGACAUAGUCCCUCUUCGGGUUGGAACACUCGACCUGGUGUCUAGCUGAAAGUUGAUGCUUACUCUUACUGACGAAACCGCGGAAAGUCGGCAACCUCUGCGUAAUUUUAAUCCACAUUUGAAGAGGUAAGGCGCUCAAACCACCUGAAGUGUGGCGUCUCGAUUGGAGCGGAAAUCAAGAAGAGAUUAUACAAGCGAUAAACGAGUCCAACGUUUCAAUAAUGAGUGGAACCGAAUCACUUACUUUCAUUUAUUCCACAAUGUAUUUAUCCUGGGUCUUGUUACUGCUCUUUUAAAGUCAUUUAGGGAUAACCAAGACAGUUUAUCUGACAAAUAGGACCUAUUCUCUCACGAUAGUCUACUAAGCAUGCAUUCAAUUUUGAUAUACUGUAAGUAAGGCUGAAAUGUGACGGAGGCCACGAAAAGCAAGCUGCGCUCCCUUAGUUGAGAUGGCAUAGGCACCUCAUCACCUCCGAUGUGUAGGUUGGCCUCCCCGCGGGUGUCGGUGUAUGGUUUCAAGUCCCGGGGUUGGAAUACCUGGGCAAUGUGGACGGUUGGUGGACAGUCUGUGACCACUGAAAGACACGUCAGUGUCUCCACCACCACCACCACCACCACCACCACCACCACCACCACCACCACCACCACCACCACCACCACCACCACCACCACCACCACCACCAUUUUUAAAUGUACUGAGCAAUCUCGCUCAUUUCGUCCGCAUGUCAAGUUGA